CGGCGCAGCAGACGCGCUGUCGGUCUAUUACUUGGCGAUUGGUUUUCAAUUGAAAGAAACAAACUUCAUAGUAGUCGUGAACGGAGCAUGGGGCAACGUGCCGUUACUGACGGACACAUCAUCACAGGGCACAAGGGGUGGUGGGAUGGACAUGCGAGUGGUACUUUUGCAACUUGUGUGCGCUUUGCCUUGGGAGUCGGGGGCAACUCCCAUUUCUCCAUGCGCUGAGACGACUGUGCGUGAUCUGGUGUAAUGGACCAGGACACCAGGCAAAGGAGGGAGGGUGUUGUUUGGGUGAUGAUGGUCAUAGCGGUGGCUGUUGCGAAGGAGCAACCAGGCGGGCGUUUGGGUUGCCUUGAAACAAUGAGGCGGCGUGUGAAAUACAGUAGUAUCAGGCCGCGCGAUCAGCCCGGUCGGCCAGUCGCGCUGACGCGCGCGCGUGUGUGCUUGACGAAGGUGUACGGUGCGGCACGGCACUCCACUCCACUCAUUGCGGUCAGUGGCCCUAGCUCCUGUUGCCACGGACCCAGACCGCUCAGUCCGAGUGGCCAGGCGCCCAGCGUUUCGGGCAAGCAGGAGUGAGCGCCAGGGCGCCAGGACAGCAGACUUGCAGUGCAGUUGUGGAUGAACAGCCGAUCAGCCGAGGGGCGAGGGCAACAUCAGGCAUGAUCACAACGGAUCACAACUCUGUUAUAGAUGUCCAGCGCAGUCAAAUGCAGGAUGCACGGUACAGCAUGCAGGGCCGGUGUAUUGCUAUUUGAUUGACGUAGGGCCUUUACGUGAGGGCGCAAUCCUUUGAAUCUGGGGCGGAACCAAGGGCCGUGCCGCAGUACGUGCAGGUCUGCCCGGAUGGCACGCCCCCGGAAAGUCUAAGAG